AUGUCGUUGAACUUGAGUGUCGAGGAACAACUAUCAGUCGAUAUCUAUAUUUUUGCAGCGAUCGCCUUAGGUUUUAUCGGUUUUUUUGGUUUUUUCUUAAAUCUUUUAGUCAUAAUAACAGUCCUCAAGAACGCCAAUGUAUUAUGGACGCCCAACAACGUGGUCCUUAUCAACAUGGUCAUUGGAGAUUUCUUAGUUGCUGCACUGGGAAACCCAUUCACAAUGACAUCGGCCAUUGCAGGUGAAUGGUUUUGGAGUCACGAAAUGUGUCUAUGGUACGCAUGGUUUAUGACUACAAUGGGAUUUGCCAGUAUCGGUAAUCUGACAGUGAUGGCAAUGGAGAGAUUCCUAUUAGUCACAUGCCCGAUGAAGACACUAUCAAUAAGGCACGCUUACAUAUUGGCGAUUUUGGUUUGGAUGUAUGCGCUCUCCUUAUCGUUACCGCCAUUUUUCAAUUGGGGAAUUUAUGGUCCGGAAGCAGGUAACAUAUCCUGCAGCGUAUCUUGGGAGAUACACGAUCCUUAUACGCACAACGACACUUACAUUGGAUUUUUAUUUAUUGUUGGAUUCUUCCUUCCUAUCACAAUAAUUAUCAGCAGCUAUUACGGCAUAAUAAAGACUUUAAGGAAAAUAAGAAAAAGAGUAGGUGCGAAAAAUAGACGAGAAAAGAAAGUCACUAAGAUGGUAUACUUAAUGAUUCUUGCUUUUCUAAUUGCUUGGUCACCAUAUGCUGUUCUUGCACUCGCAACUCAAUAUUUUUACGUACAAACUUCUCAUAUCUUAGCGGUGCUGCCAGCACUCCUCGCGAAAUCCUCUAUUUGCUACAAUCCAAUUAUAUACGCGAGUAUGACUGCCCAGUUCCCUACUUGGAAGAAAAUGUUUUCCAUCAAUAGGAAUAACACUAAAAGUAAGCAACGGCAUGGAAGCGAACUUCAAAUAAAAUAG